AUGUCUCUUUCCAACAAGCUUUCUAUCACCGACGUUGACCUCAAGGGCAAGCGUGUCCUCAUUCGGGUCGAUUUCAACGUCCCCCUCGAUGCCGAAAAGAAGGUCACCAACCCUCAGCGUAUCGUCGGUGCUCUGCCCACCAUCAAGUAUGCCAUCGACGGUGGUGCAAAGGCCGUCAUCCUCAUGUCCCACCUUGGCCGUCCCAAUGGCAAGGUAAACCCCAAGUACAGCCUGAAGCCUGUCGUUCCUGAGCUUGAGAAGCUUCUUGGCAAGCCUGUCACCUUCGUUGAGGAAUGUGUUGGUCCUCAGGUUGAGGAGGUUGUCAACAAGGCCUCCGGCGGCCAGGUCAUUCUCCUUGAGAACUUGCGUUUCCACAUUGAGGAGGAGGGCAGCGCCAAGGAUGACCAGGGCAACAAGGUCAAAGCCGAUAAGGAGAAGGUCGCUGAGUUCCGCAAGGGACUGACUGCUCUCGGUGAUGUCUAUAUCAACGAUGCAUUCGGAACUGCCCACCGUGCGCACAGCUCCAUGGUCGGUGUUGAACUUCCCCAGAAGGCUGCUGGUUUCCUGGUCAAGAAGGAACUCGAUUACUUCGCCAAGGCUCUUGAGCACCCCCAGCGGCCAUUCCUGGCCAUCCUGGGUGGUGCCAAGGUCUCCGAUAAGAUCCUGCUCAUCGACAACCUGAUUUCUAAGGUGGACAGCCUCAUCAUCACCGGAGGUAUGGCUUUCACCUUCAAAAAGACCCUUGAGAACGUGAAGAUUGGAAACUCCCUCUUCGACGAGCCCGGCAGCAAGAUCGUCGGUGAGGUCGUCGAGAAGGCCAAGAAGAACAACGUCAAGAUCGUCCUCCCUGUCGACUACGUCACCGCCGACAAGUUCGCGGCUGACGCUACGGUCGGCCAUGCCACCGAUGCCGAGGGCAUUCCCGAUGGCUACAUGGGUCUGGACGUCGGCGAGAAGAGUGUUGAGCUCUACGAAAAGACUAUUGCUGAAUCCAAGACCAUCCUCUGGAACGGUCCCCCUGGUGUCUUCGAGCUCGAGCCUUUCUCCAACGGUACCAAGAAGACUCUCGACGCUGUCGUCAAGGCCGCGCAGUCCGGUAGCAUCGUCAUCGUCGGCGGUGGUGACACUGCCACCGUCGCCGCCAAGUACGGCGCUGAGGACAAGCUGAGCCACGUCUCUACGGGUGGUGGUGCUUCCUUGGAGCUCCUGGAGGGCAAGGAAUUGCCUGGUGUUGCCGCUCUCUCCAGCAAAUGA